AACAUGGCAGCGGUUGGGGUUGGCGGUUCCACCGCGGCGGCCGGACCAGGGGCGGUCUCCACGGGGGCGUUGGCAGCUGGGACCGCAAGGGCGGCUCACAGACACCUCAAGUACAUAUCCCUAGCUGUGCUGGUGGUCCAGAACGCCUCCCUCAUCCUCAGCAUCCGCUAUGCCCGCACGCUGCCUGGGGACCGCUUCUUUGCCACCACCGCUGUGGUCAUGGCCGAAGGGCUCAAGGGCCUCACCUGCCUGCUGCUGCUCUUCGCCCAGAAGAGGGGUAAUGUGAAACACCUGGUUCUCUUCCUCCACGAGGCUGUCCUGGUGCAGUACGUGGACACGCUCAAGCUUGCGGUGCCCUCCCUCAUCUACACUUUGCAGAACAACCUCCAGUACGUUGCCAUCUCCAAUCUCCCAGCGGCCACUUUCCAGGUGCCGUACCAGCUGAAGAUCCUGACCACGGCACUGUUCUCAGUGCUCAUGCUGAACCGCAGCCUCUCCCGGCUGCAGCAGGCCUCCCUGCUGCUCAUCUUCACUGGGGUCGCCAUUGUCCAGGCACAGCAAGCUGGUGGGGGCGGCCCACGGCCACUGGAUCAGAACCCUGGGGCAGGCCUCGCAGCUGUUGUGGCCUCCUGUCUCUCCUCGGGCUUUGCAGGCGUCUACUUUGAGAAGAUCCUCAAAGGCAGCUCAGGUUCCGUGUGGCUGCGCAACCUGCAGCUGGGCCUCUUCGGCACAGCCCUGGGCCUGGUGGGGCUCUGGUGGGCUGAGGGCACUGCUGUGGCACACCGCGGCUUCUUCUUUGGAUAUACACCUGCCGUCUGGGGUGUGGUGCUCAACCAGGCCUUCGGUGGGCUUCUGGUGGCUGUCGUUGUCAAGUAUGCUGACAACAUCCUCAAGGGCUUUGCCACCUCCCUGUCCAUUGUGCUGUCCACUGUUGCCUCCAUUCGCCUCUUUGGCUUCCAACUGGACCCAUUAUUUGCCCUUGGCGCUGGGCUCCUCAUCGGUGCCGUCUACCUCUACAGCCUUCCCCGAGGUGCAGCCAAAGCCAUAGCUUCUGCCUCCUCCUCUGCCUCUGCGUCCGGGCCCUGCACUCAGCAGCAGCCUUGGGGCAGCCACCGCCGCCGCAGCUGUCUUCCCACCGUGGAGACCUCGUCACGGAGCCCUUUCUACCAAAGUCAGUGCUGGUGAAGUGAGGGCUGGAGGC